CAGAAGUGCCUUUCGAAAAUGAAGCAAUGUGCGUGGUUAGUUGUUGCAGCCCUGCUUUGCGGCAGUGGUCUCACCAGCGCAGAGGGCGGUAAGAACGCUACUAGAGGAAAGUCAUCAGGCCGCAUUGUUGGAGGAUACGAUGUCGAUAUCGCUAGCUAUCCAUACACCGCAGUGGUGGCUGCUUUUAUCCCGAACGCAUAUAUAAUGUGUGGAGGCGUCAUCGUUUCGUCGACUAAAGUGCUCACAGCGGCCCACUGUUUGUAUCAGCAACCGAUUACUUCGAUUACGAUCCGUGCUGGUACCACUCUUCGCAACAGCGGUGGAUUCCUGUUCAACUAUCUUAGCUACGCUGUACACAGCCAGUAUAACUCAACCACCUUUGCGAACGAUAUUGCGGUCAUCACCAUUAAGGGAACUUUCGAUGGGUUUACGAAUGUCGGAAAAAUCCUCCUACAGGAUACUGAGCCCGUGAUUUCUUCCGUAACGCCGACCAGCUGUUUCGUUGUUGGAUGGGGAAUGAAUAAUACUGCUACCGGAACGUUAGCGGAUCGUUUACAGCGUGGCAAUUUCGUACUCAUGCCCCAAACGACAUGUGCCAGUCGCGUUUCGCAGUUGACAGACACGACCAUUUGUGCUCAAUCGAUAGAAGGUGACGCCUGCCGUGGUGACAGUGGAGGACCCCUGGUUUGUAACAGCCGCUUAUUCGGCAUAGUGUCGUUUGGUGCGCAGGGCUGCAAUGGUGCUAUCCCGGAUGGAUUUGCAAAAAUUACGGCUCCGAGCGUCCGAAGCUUCAUUACUGCGAAUGCCGGAAUCUAGACAAACAUUUCGGACACCAAGUUCUUUGCAUGAAAAAG